UUCAUUUUCCCCAUCAUACUCACACACGCACGCUCACUUUUUAUUUGCCGUAAUGAACCGUCCAGCUCCUGUGGAGAUCUCCUAUGCGAACAUGCAUUUUCUGAUAACCCACAACCCUACCAAUGCUACCCUCAGCAAGUUCACAGAGGAACUUAAGACGUAUGGAGUGACAACUUUGGUUCGAGUUUGUGAUGCUACGUAUGAUAAAGCACCAGUUGAAAAAGGAGGAAUCCACGUUCUAGAUUGGUCUUUUGAUGAUGGAGCGCCACCCCCUAAUCAGAUAGUAGACGAUUGGCUAAACCUACUAAAAGCCAGAUUUCGUGAGGAGCCAGGUUGCUGUGUUGCAGUGCAUUGUGGUGCAGCAUUGGGAAGGGCACCUGUGCUGGUUGCACUUGCUUUGAUUGAAUGUGGAAUGAAGUACGAAGAUGCAGUUCAGUUUAUAAGACAAAAAAGAAAGGGAGCAUUCAAUUCCAAACAGCUGCUUUACCUGGAGAAAUACCGACCUAAAAUGCGAGUACGCUUCAGAGAUAUCAAUGCGCAUUGGUGUGUUCAGUAGAAAGAAAUGCAUACGAAGGCUGACUUGAUCGUGGCAUUUAAAGGGAACUCUUGGUACCUGGAAAUGU